UUCCCCCCGCCGCUCCUGCUCCUCUCCCCCGGUUUCCCCCUGCGACGCCUCCCCACUAGGCCCCAGCCCCGGUCCCUCGCUGCACCGCUGUCUCGGGCUCACCCUCCAGGGUCUUUCUCCUGAGCUCCCAGGGAGGGAGCCAGCGGUGGAGCAGGACAGCUGUGCUCACCCCAAAGCAGAACUUCAUCCAGGAGGAAGGAGGCCGUUAGGCCACCCCUAUGUGACAAUCGAGGGCUGCGCCUGCAGAAAGCAGCAGCUCCCUGCCCUGUCAUCCAGGGAAUCCGUUCUGGCCGCCCUGUGACCCAGCUCCUCUGCUACCAUGAACAGGGCCCCCCUGAAGCGCUCCAGGAUCCUGCACAUGGCGCUGAACGGUGCCCCCGACCCCUCUGGAGAGGCCGAGGCAGGCAGCGGGGAGAAGCCCUUUCUGCUGCGGGCACUGCAGAUCGCUCUGGUGGUCUCUCUCUACUGGGUCACUUCCAUCUCCAUGGUGUUCCUCAACAAGUACCUGCUGGACAGCCCCUCCCUGCGGCUGGACGCCCCCAUUUUCGUCACCUUCUACCAGUGCCUGGUGACCACGCUGCUAUGCAAGGGCCUCAGCACGUUGGCCACCUGCUGCCCUGGUGCUGUGGACUUCCCCACGCUGCGCCUGGACCUCAGGGUGGCUCGCAGCGUCCUGCCACUGUCGGUGGUCUUCAUCGGCAUGAUCACCUUCAAUAACCUCUGCCUCAAGUACGUAGGGGUGGCCUUCUACAACGUGGGCCGCUCUCUCACCACCGUCUUCAACGUGCUGCUCUCCUACGUGCUGCUCAAGCAGACCACCUCCCUCUAUGCCCUGCUCACCUGCAGCAUCAUCAUUGGUGGCUUCUGGCUGGGUGUGGACCAGGAGGAGGCCGAGGGCACCCUGUCCUUGGUGGGCACCGUCUUUGGGGUGCUGGCCAGCCUGUGUGUCUCGCUGAACGCCAUCUACACCAAGAAGGUGCUCCCGGCGGUGGACGGCAGCAUCUGGCGCCUGACCUUCUACAACAACGUCAACGCCUGCGUCCUCUUCCUGCCCCUGCUCCUGCUGCUCGGGGAGCAUCAGGCCCUCCUGGACUUCGCGCAGCUGGACAGCGCCCACUUCUGGGKGAUGAUGACGCUGGGCGGCCUGUUCGGCUUCGCCAUCGGCUACGUGACGGGGCUGCAGAUCAAGUUCACCAGUCCCCUGACCCACAACGUGUCGGGCACGGCCAAGGCCUGCGCCCAGACGGUGCUAGCCGUGCUCUACUUCGAAGAAACCAAGAGCUUCCUGUGGUGGACCAGCAACGCCAUGGUGCUGGGYGGCUCCUCCGCCUACACCUGGGUCCGGGGCUGGGAGAUGAAGAGUCAGGAGGACCCCGGCCCCAGGGAGGGCGAGAARAGCGCCGUGGGGGUGUGAGCCUCCUCAGGGACCUGCGGCCGCCAGCCCCAGGSGUGAAGUCGGGGCUGGAACCCAAGGCUCUCUCCCUGCGGCCCCCAGGGCGAAGUGGACAUUGUUUACAGACAGAUCAGAAUACGGGGCUGAAAAGGAGCCAGCGUUCCAAGUAGAUCAGAAAGUUGCCAAACCUGUCCCCACCCCUGUCCUAUUGAUGGACACCAUACUGAGGGGAGCACCCUGCCCGUCCCCCACCAGGUCCUCUACCUCCAUCACCCCUGGGGUUGGACAGGGCUGCGCCCUCAAGGGUAGUAUUGGUGAAGUGAAGUCUCACUUAUACUCAAGGGAGAUGGGGUGACCCCAACAGCCAGCCCAAGCUAGCCGGUCACCUCACAUCUCCCAGGCCCUGGGCAGGAGGGUAGCGCUGGCCCCGCAAACCAGCCUGGGUUAGGAGGUUGUGGGGCCGAGCCCAGGGGGCAGUGGACCAGUACACCCCAUUCUCUGUGCUGAAAGCAGCAAGCCACGAAAGCAGGAGAAGGGUCAGUUGUGCCCGUGCCUGACCUGAGAGUGGGCUGGGUCUUGAGAAAGUGCCACCUCUGUGCCCAGGCUUUGCAGCUUUGGAACGUGAGGGGGCCACAUGUCUCUUUCAGGUUAAGUGGAGACGUGAACCGCUCCCUCAGUCCCUGGGCUGAGAUGAACCUGCCUGAGUCCGCUGCCCUGGGAGGGCCACUCUGGUCUCCGAGCAUCUGCCACAGGUACCUGGCUGAAGUGACAGUCUUCUGGAAGCCACUUCUGCCUCCCUCAACGCCUCCA